UUAUGAUUAGUUUUAGUUGCAUCGUCUCUUAAAUAAGUCAUGACUCGCUUCUUACUGUCGCUUGUUUACUCCAUUACUGUAUUAAUCUUAUUCGAUUUUGUUAAAGUCAAUUCUUCAAAAUUUAAUUUCGAAUGUGAUAAUCGACAGUGUGAUAAUAAAAUAAGACAAAAAUACGAACCGAAUUGGAAAAGCUUAGAUAAAAGACCUUUGCCGCAAUGGUAUGAUGAUGCCAAGGUUGGAAUAUUCCUCCAUUGGGGUGUAUAUUCUGUUCCAAGUUAUGGUUCCGAGUGGUUUUGGACUAAUUGGCAAGGACAGAAAAUACCUUCGUACAUAGAUUUUAUGAAGAAUAAUUACCGGCCGGGUUUUACGUAUCAGGAGUUUGCAAAGGAAUUCACAGCUGAGCUAUUCAACUCAACUCAAUGGGCACUUCUAUUUCAAGACAGUGGAGCAAAAUACGUUGUGCUUACGAGCAAACAUCAUGAUGGAUUCGCCCUUUGGCCAUCGAGUCGUUCCUUUAGUUGGAACUCAAAAGACGUUGGUCCAGGAAUUGAUAUUAUAGGAGAAUUAUCUACCGCUAUACGUGAAAAAACUUCCAUUCGAUUUGGUUUGUAUUAUUCACUGUUUGAGUGGUUUAAUCGGCUCUAUGUGGAAGAUAAAUUACAUAUAUUUUUGGAGAACAAAUAUGUACAAGAUAAAGUCUUACCUGAACUUCGUGAGUUGGUGGAACUCUAUGGUCCAGAAGUGAUUUGGUCGGAUGGUGAUUGGGAGGCCCCACCACCAUAUUGGAAUUCAACUGAUUUUAUCGCUUGGUUGUAUAAUGAAAGUCCAGUUCGGGAUACUGUGGUGACAAACGACAGAUGGGGAUUUGCCACACAUUGUUUGCAUGGAGAUUUCUGGACUUGUUCUGAUAGAUACAAUCCAGGAGUCCUUCAACCUCAUAAAUGGGAAAAUGCAUUUACCUUAGACAAGACUAGUUGGGGCCAGCGUUAUGAUACCACCCUUGCAGAUUACAUGACCUCCAAGGAACUCAUAAAAGAACUUGUAACUACUGUAAGUUGUGGUGGAAAUAUUCUUGUUAAUGUGGGCCCAACAAAAUACGGAACAAUUUUGCCUAUUUUCGAGGAAAGACUUAGAGAUAUGGGAAAAUGGCUUCGAAUAAAUGGUGAAGCUAUUUACGGCACCAAGCCAUGGGCUUAUCAAAAUGACACAGUUACUCCGGGCGUGUGGUAUACAAGCAAUCAAAUGCCUAAUGGAGGCACAAAUGUUUAUGCUAUUAUUUUGGAUUAUCCCUAUGAUUCAAAUGAGAUUGAUUUAUUUGCUUUGCAUGGAAUGGUCGAUGGAACAACGAAAAUUUCAUUGCUGGGUAUGCCAAGUACAACUAUUAAGUGGUCAUUAAACAAAUCUAGUCUUCACAUCAAGAUGCCAGGGAAGCAUUUGAUUGAUAAAAAUGAACUCGAUUUUGCUUGGACUUUUAAAAUAACUAUCUAAGAGUAUAUUGCAAUAAAUUUUGUAUAAAACAAUA